GUACUCCUUUCCGAUAAUGUGAUGUUGACAUCCUCUCCGCUUCCUUCCUUCCUCUAGGUCUUCUUCCUUGGGACGUUCUCCUCCAUCGAUGAGCGGCACGGAUCCGGUGGGAUGUCCCACUCCCAGUCCCGCGGGUCGCACUACGCGCUGACGGCCCUCGGGCUGGGGUUGCUGGUCCUGGGGGUCAUCAUGGCGGUGUGGAACCUGGUCCCCGGGUUCGGACUAGCCUCCAAGCCCCACUCGGUGGGGAACAACAGCAAGACGGACCCUGGCGCCGGGAAGGAGGAGAAGAGCAAGACCUUCUCCGUGGCCUACGUCCUGGUGGGGGCCGGUGUCUCCCUCCUCCUCCUCGCCCUCUGCCUCAGCAUCCGGGACAAGCGCAAGCAGCGGCAGGACGAGGAAGGGUCCAGGAUACGGCAUCACGUCGACAGGGAACCGCCCUCACCCUCACCGCAGCCGGAGGACAGCCAAGAAGAGGACGACGAGACCCUCUCGCGGUACUACGUCCCAAGUUACGAAGAGGUGGUGAACGCCAACUAUCCCACGCGGACAGGAGCGGGUGGCAGCGGCGGCACUCAGUUGAGCAUGUCGCUCCCGUCGUACGAGUCGCUCACCGGGAUCGACGAGGACACCCCGACGAGGCCAGUUGCUCCCGCCGCCGAGGGCCACCCUGGCCUCGAGCGCCAACCCGCCAGGCACAGUUCCCGCCUGGCUAAGAGACUGAAACCCUUGAAGGUGCGGCGGAUCAAGUCUGAGAAACUGCACCUGAAAGACCUCCGCGUGAACCUCCCCGAAGGAAACCGCGUGAACCGGGUCUCGAUCGAGCCUCUGACGCCACCUCCGCAGUAUGAGGAGGUUUCUGACAAAACCCCGCAAGGCCAGAGAGAGUCGUAAGAGAGCGCCAUGCUGGGGGGAUUCUCUGAAACACUAUUAAAUACUUGUUGGAGAGACUAAGGCGAAUUUCGAGGUACAAAAAACACAACGGAUGGACGAGAGACCCGUAUGGACUCGAAACUCGUGCGCCGUCGAUCCUUAAACUGAAUGGGCGAAAAAUAGACCCGUAUGGACUUGAUUCUAAAACUGAACGGGUGAAGAACAGACCAGUUUGGAUUCGAGUCUCGUCCACUGUUGAUUCUAAACCCGAACCGGUGAAGAAUAGAUCUGUAUUGAUUUGAGACUUGUGCGCCGUCGAUUCUAAAACUGAAUGGGCAAACAGCAGACCCAGAUUGACUCAAGUCUAGUGCGCUGUUGAGUCUAAAACUGAAUGGGCAAACAGCAGGUCCAUAUUGACUCAAGUCUAGUGCGCCGUCGAUUCUAAAACCGAUCGGGCAAACAAUAGACCCGUAUUGAUCUGAGACUUGUGUGUCAUCGAUUCAAAACCAAACGGGUGAACAAGAGACCCAUUUUGACUCAAGUCUAGUGCGCCGUCAAUUCUAAAUCCAAAUGGGUGAACAGCAGACCCAGAUUGACUCGAGUCUAAUGCGUCGUCGAUUCUAAAACCGAAUGGGUGAAGAACAGACCCGUAUUGACUCGAGUCUCACGCGCCGUCGAUUCUCAAUUGUUCGAGAACCAAAGUGUCCGGUGAUGCUGUAGAAUGAAAUAACUUCAGUUGUUUUUCCUCAAUGCUAUGGAAUCAUGGGAGGGGUAGUUUCACAAGGUCUUGAGCUUUCUCUGCCAAAGGAGGUGGAUGCCACACCAAACUACAAAUCCCAGGAUGACUGUAUGACGCAAACCUAAUAUGUGCCUUUAUUUUGGAGCGGUCAUUGAGCAUUAGAUUUGAGUCAAUACUGUACUCGUUUUCCACUCUAUUUUGGCGCUAUGUGAGCCUUUUCUGCCGUUUUGUGCCUCGAAAGUGAGAAAACUAUAUGGUACUUUACGAGUACUGCCUUUCAACCAGAGGCAGCCCUAGGUAAUUUUCAAUGGUAAGCAAAGAGUAUUUUGGCACC